GCAAAUCAGUCUGCGGCGAGUGUUGAAAGCGUUCAGACGUAGCAGGCGGAAAAUAAAAAGCUGGCUCAAAAGCAAAACGAAGGUGAAUGCCAAGCGGACAGACUUAAGAAGUGUGGCAAAGUAGAAAUUUCUGUUAAUUAAGGCGCGUGUGAAAAGUGUGAAAAUCAGCAUACAGACAGCUGAAAAUCAGCGAAGGCGGCAGCCAAAGAGCCUAUAAAAGUGAAAAUUAUCUAUGCAAAGUGGAGUGGAAUGGAAACUCGGUUCUUGCGCCGCAACAGGAAAUAAACAGUGAUCAAGCUAAAUACAUAUAUCGAAGCUCAGAAGACUGGAGAAGGGAGAGGCUUGGAGAACUAAAAAAGAACAGUGGACUGAAGACUAGCUGAUCUGAGACGUCUGCUGCAAUUAAAAACAAAGCCAAGAAAAUAAAGCCAGAGUGAAAAUGAAAGCUGGCCGCGCCUUCGGCUGCCUUUUCUGGGCCCUGCUCUAUUGUGUGCUCUAUCUGGAUCUGGUCAGUGGGAACUCCGCCGACGAUGAGCUGAUGGACUUUGAUUUUGCGGAUUCAAAUGAUGCAGCUACGGAGGACUGGCAGCUGGAUGAUCUGGAGGAGGCAAAAAAGGCGGAGCAGGCCGAAAAGAAGUUGGAGUCCAAUAUGCUGGACUUUAGCGUCGAUCUGGAUGAACCGGAGCCGGAGAAACAAUUGCCACCUUUCGACUGGCGGGAAAGGGUUUUAAGGAACGCUCUGGCCAAAGCCUUGGCGGAUGAGGGAUUGCGCCAGAAGUUCGCCGAAGUGUUGCCCAUUUUAAGAAUGCUAUCUUCUCAACAGCGACUGGCUCUUUCCGCUUUGAUCUCGGCUCAGAUGAAUGCAAAAAAGGGGCACGAACUUAAGUUUGAACAGGUUCGUAUGAUGUUUGGCAAUGACAAAAAGCUGCUUUUGCCCAUAGUGUUCGACAUCGCAAAUCUCAUAAAGAGCUCUACCCGCAAGUACAUCAAUCUGGGUUCUGAUCUGGCUUCAUCUGCCCUUUUCCAUACUCCCAUCAAUCGUCGUGAAGAUGAUUUGACUCCAGAAGAGUCCCAACAGGAUGACCAAGUAGGCACCAUUGCCGUAGAAGUUGAGCCAAAAAAGGUUUCUACUCAGGAGGUGCAAUCGGAAUCUCUAGAGGACUUCUUUGAUGAGAUGGGGUCAGAAGUGCUUGAUCCCCAGAUGAUCAAUGAGGCCCUGACGGGUGAUCUUCAUGAUAACAAAACCAAGUUUAUUAAACCAGAAAAUCAUGGUCAAAGAGUUCGACGAUCGGCAAACGAGUUUGUUCACAAAUUGACCCGAUCCGUGCCUGCUUCUGUGACCGAGCAGCAACUUUUGGGUGGCAUUGCUGGACGUACCAUCAAGCUAAAUACCACAGCUUUUCAACAGCCAAGUAGCCAGGAGGAGGAGAAGAUGGCCUCCGCCAACGGUGACCAGUCAUACUCUGAGGUGGAGGAUCUGGCUUUUGCAGGUCUUAAUGGCACGGAAAUCCCCCUGAGCGCUGAUGCGCGAUUAGAUCUGCAAAGAAACAGCGACGAGGAGACUGAGGAACCACUACCAAGUCCAGAGGAACUCAUCGCUGGACCACGAUACCGACUGGGGAAAAGACCACUACCUGGUCAAAAAUCAGGAGCACCCAUCAAACGAAAGAGAGUCACAUCCUCCGUGAGGGGAAGACCCAAGACCGCCGCCAGUUCACAUAAGCCCGUGGUUACACCACCCAACAAGAAAUGCGAACGAUUCACCAGCAACAUGUGCAUCCGCACCGACGACUAUCCGCUUGAACAGAUCAUGGGCAGCAUUAGGCGUCACAAAAACGCCAUGUCCGCCCUUUUGGCCGAGUUCUACGAUAAGCCCAAUAACAAUCUGGAGUUUAGUGAUGACUUCGAUGACUUCAGCCUGAGCAAAAAGAGGCGUGAAGACGAAGGCAGCGCAGGUGGGAUGUGCCAGAGCGUGGUACGUUAUGCCCGACCCCAGAAGGCCAAGUCCGCUUCAGGAGAAUGGAAGUACAUAGUGAACACUGGUCAGCACACGCAAACCUUAAGAUUGGAAAAAUGCAGUAAUCCCGGCGAGAGUUGUUCCUACUUGGCGCAGACUUACCGUUCCCACUGCUCGCAGGUGUAUAACUAUCAUCGUCUGCUGAGUUGGGACAAAGUGCGUGGUCUCCAUGUGGAUAUUUUCAAGGUGCCCACCUGUUGCUCCUGCCAAGUGGAUGGUUAUCGCCAGCAGUUUCCACCGCUCUCCUCCAUUCAAGCCAAAGAUUACUCUCCCCAAUCUCCUAUCAUAAACCAUAAUCAUAAUGGGUAUAGUACCAUAAACGAGGAGGAUCUGGACUAUGCCGAAGAGAGCGAGGAGGACGAACUGGGCCUUCGAUAUCCCUCUUUCAACAAUCGGGAGACAAAUGAGCUGUAUUCCAGCAGUAACAAGGUGCGCGUAAAGCUGCCUGGUAUUAGCACCAGUGUGGGUCCGUAUCUCAGUCCCCCUGAUGAUGACGAAGAUCGCUAUGGCGGAUACAAGAGCUCCAGUUCCAGUUCCAAGAAGUAUUACAGCCAGGUGAGCCGCCGGCGGCCGCAGCAUUCAGAGGCGCGUCUGGACUUGGAUUUGGCGCCAAGCGAGACGCACUCGGACCAAGAGGUAAACCUAUUCGCUGGCCCACCAAACGGCGGUGCAGAGAAGCCGCGUAUCCCGCUGAAUCGCAAGCGUAUUUAUGCCUCCACCCACACAGCCCCCACCACCGCAACAUCAUCAGCAUCAUCAUCUUCAGUACCAUCGCCCGCAGGAGGAGCUGCCGUCCGCCUACGAUUUCCACAGACCACAAGUCUACCAGCCCGAACGGGAACAGCUGCCCUUGGUCCGGGAUCCGGCUUUGUCUCCGGUUUCAGCGGUAGUUCCGGCUUCUCCAGCGCUGCCCCUGCCCAUGCCGCCCAUGCCCAUCAAGCAGGUGCCAUCGCACCACCAGUCGCACCACCAACAGCCGCACCACCAUCUUCACCAGUCAACCGGCAAGGUGGCAGCAAGUCGCGACCCCGCUUCUAUGCACCACCAGCCACCACGACGACCAACACAGCAAUGGUUACCGGGUCAGCGUCGUCCCUUUCGACCGAGCGCACCACUCAGUGGGAGCGGGAUCAGUCGACGGCACUACCACAACCGCCGGCAGUCUAUCCAGUGAGCUCGAUCUUCCCUAGCGGUGGUGGCAGCGAGAUGUCGGGCAAGAGGAUUAACUAUAACUACCAUCCCAUUAUUGAUUUCUUCGAGAAGAAUCGCAAGGCGGAGGCGGCGGCUACAGUCAGUUCCAUGGCAGAAGAGUCCCGCAUAGUGGAGCAGCGUAUAUUCCCACAGAAUUCCCCCAAAUCUCAACAGAAUGGCAUGGGCUUGGGCAUGGAGACAAUCACUGGAGUUUAUCAACAUCCCAUUCCGGUGCCCAAAACGCACGAGAGGCGUAUGGGUUACCGGGCACAUAACGGUGGCGUGGGUGGUCCAGGUGCUGUGGGUGGUGGUGUUGGUUUCGCUAGCGAUAACGCCUGGCUGCCCAUGGUUGUGGAGUAGCUUAAGUCGCAUGAGUCCAUCAAAAUCAAAGUCCUUAAAUCCCCGAAAUCUAACGUAUUAACGCCGAUGCCCUAGCUCGCAGUCUCUGCCGUUCUCGCCAGGAGCUUAAUCUUGUAGUUUCUACCUGGCUCCUAAUCUCAACCCCAUUUACCCCAAGCCCAUUCUAAUGUUUAACCAACUAAGUUUAUUUAUUUAUUUAUUUUGUAGUGUGUAGUGCAAAGAUUAAGAGAUGACCUCGUUUUUGGGGGAGGUCAAAAGCUUGGUUGGCUUGUCACGAGAGUUCUAGCAAUAAAUAUAAUUUAUUGAAAUCUAAA